GAUCCCCUGUUUAAAAAAGGCACUGUAACCAAUAUGUUCUCACGUUUGCGCUCACAACAUGCAUGUUUUAAACAUCUAAUUCCUCUUUCUAAAAGCAGUAUGCAAAAUAACGCCCUUGUUUUAGGCAUGCGCAAAAAAGACAGAAGAGUCUUUGUCUCAGGGCCCUGUCUGAGAGUCUGAGCUCAGAAGAGGCUAAAAAACAUUCUUUCAAGUCAUGGAAAUGGAGGACAUUUAUGCAAAUGUCGAACACAAUAACUGCAACAGACCAGUUAAGGAAGACCUGGAUGAAGAUAAAGACAUUUAUGUCAACAAGGACACAUUUGGUUCACAAAAACAAAGUUGCAGCCAGAAUGAGUCUAAAGCCCAAAUCCAAGGAGGAAGUAGAUGUUUCGUGGUGAGCACAGUGUGUCUUGGGCUCAUAUGUGUUCUUCUGGUGAUCACCAUUAUAGUGCAACAAAUGAAGAUCACAUCAGAUAGAGAAAUAAAGCUGAACUAUAAAAACAUGGCUGAAGAAUUCAACCAAACUGUAAACAGGAUGCAGGUCAAUUACAGCGAUCUAACAAUUGAAAAAGUCCAAUUGCAGAGCAGUUUCAACUCUUUGGAUCAGAAGAAACUGGAGUUGGAGACCAGAGUCAACAGUCUAACUAUUGAAAAAGAGCAAUUGCAGAGCAGCUUCAACUCUUUGGAUCAGAAGAAACUGGCGGUAGAGGCUGAGCUAAUGAAAAAGAAUUCUCAACGAGGGUACUACUUUGUCAAUGAGCAUAAGAGCUGGUCUGACAGCAGAAAGUUCUGCAGGGAUCGUGGUGGAGAUCUGAUCAUCAUCAACACUGAAGAGAAACAGAGGUUCAUAUCUUCAAUCAUCAAGGAGAGAGUGUGGAUUGGUUUGUCUGACAUCGAGAAUGAGGGCAACAUGAAAUGGGUGGAUAAUUCCCCACUGAAGAAAGGGUUUUGGAUAGUAAAUGAACCAAAUGAUGCUGAUAGAGCGGAGGACUGUGUUGAAAUAAAUCCCUCAUUACCAGCAGAGAACAACUGGAAUGAUCUCCCAUGCUCAGCAAGUAAAAGAUGGAUUUGUGAGAAUUAGCUUUCAUGUCUUCAACUUUAUGAUAUUUUAUCAUGCUUUUACUUAUAUUAUUCUCUGAAAUGAUUGCAUGUCUGAUAAAAGUUCCUUGUCAAUAAAAAUUAA